AUGGGGAUCGACACGUUUGUUCUCCCGAAGCUCAAGCUCACGAACCUCUCGAAAGCAGAGCGAGAAGCACAGCGCGAACAAAAAAAGAAACAAGAAGAGCAGCGCGAAGCCGAGGAGCUACGGGCAAAAAAGGAGCGCGAGGCGCGAAAGGCUGCUGAAGUCCGGGAAGCAUUACGGCGAGGCGAUUUUGACCGAAAAUCGAAGAAGCACACACGGGAAGACGAUGGCGACCUCCGGCGCUCUGCCGUGGAGCAGGAACAGUACGACCAGCUGCGGCUGAAGCACUACGGACCUGACAGAACAAAAAGCACAUUCGUACCGAGGAACAAGCGGCGGCGGCGCGUAAAUGAGUUUAACUUUGGCUGGGACGAUUCGGAAGACACGCGCACAGCACAGCAUCUGGCGGACGACGAAGCCGAGCUGGCGCGUCGCAAACCAUUUGAGGCCCGCCUGACGACGACAAACAGCUUCCACAUGUUUUCGCAGGAACCAGAAUGGGAGCUUCAGGAGAUGAUGAAGGCGGACGCCGUCGAGAAGGCCGACCCGGUCCACGGCAAGGAGCGCGCCCGGGCCAUCAUGGACGCUUACUACCAAGGGCUCGAGCAGCGCGACAAGCCCCUGCAUAAAAUGAAGCACUGGUCUGAAAAGCCGCUGAGUGAGAUGCGCGAGCGCGACUGGCGCAUCUUCAAGGAGGACUUCAGCAUCUCGACCAAGGGCGGCUCGAUUCCGGACCCCAUGCGGAAGUGGCGCGAAUCGGCGCUUCCCUCCCGGCUGCUGGAUGUUGUUGAGAGCGUUGGGUAUCAUGAGCCGUCUCCUAUCCAGCGUGCGGCCAUCCCGAUUGCCCUGCAAGGCCGCGAUCUCAUCGGUAUCGCCGUGACUGGUUCCGGCAAAACCGCAGCGUUCCUCCUUCCACUGCUCGUCUACAUCCAAAAGCUGCCUCCUCUCGAUGAUUUCUCCAAAAACGAUGGUCCCUACGCGCUCAUCCUGGCGCCAACGCGUGAAUUGGCCCAGCAGAUCGAGACCGAGGCGCACAAGUUCGCAACGCCAUUCGGCUACAAAGUCGUCAGUAUUGUCGGCGGCCACUCGCUGGAGGAACAGGCGUUCGCGCUCAGCAAUGGUGCCGAGAUUAUUGUGGCCACGCCCGGCCGUCUUGUCGAUUGUAUCGAGCGCCGCCUGCUUGUCCUGUCGCAGUGUUGUUACGUGAUCAUGGACGAAGCCGACCGCAUGAUCGACCUCGGUUUCGAAGAGCCGCUGAACAAGAUCCUGGAUGCGAUGCCGACGGCAAACAUCAAGCCCGACACAGACGACGCCGAAGAUGCCAAGGCCAUGACGCGUUUCCUCGGGGAGCGGACGCGCUACCGCCAGACGAUGAUGUACACGGCCACGAUGCCCCCGAUUGUGGAGAAGAUUGCCAAGCGGUACCUGCGGCGGCCGGCCAUUGUUACCAUUGGUAACGCCGGCGAGGCGGUCGACACGGUCGAGCAGCGCGUCGAGUUCAUUGCUGGUGAAGACCGGCGCAAAGAGCGGCUCAAGGAGCUCAUGCACUCGACCCAGUACAAGCCUCCCAUCAUUGUCUUUGUCAAUAUCAAGCGAAACUGCGAGAUGGUGGCGCGAGACGUGCGCGCGGCCGGUCGGAACCCUGUUACCCUACAUGGCAGCAAAACGCAGGAACAGCGUGAGCUGGCGCUCGAAAAGGUCCGCACCGGCCAGGCAGACGUGCUGGUGGCCACGGACUUGGCCGGUCGUGGUAUCGACGUCGCGGACGUGUCGCUUGUCAUCAACUUCAACAUGGCAACGAGCAUCGAACAGUACACGCAUCGUAUUGGUCGUACUGGUCGUGCCGGCAAGAGUGGUGUGGCGAUUACGUUCCUGGGAAGCGAAGACAACGACGUUCUGUACGAUCUCAAGCAGAUGAUUUCCAAGAGCUCCAUUUCCAAGGUGCCGGAGGAGCUUCGGCGGAACGAGGCCGCGCAGCAGAAGCCAAACAAGGCCGGCAAAGGCGGCAACGAUUUUGGCGGCGGCGGCAAGAGCAACGGCUUCCGCAACCAGUAA